ACUUUACAUUGAGGAGGUUAUUGAGACAAAUCACCUGUAAAGAGCUAUUGUAUACAUAGGCUUCAUAAAAAAGAAAAGAAAAAACACAACUGAACAUUAACAUGUACUCAAACAAAAUCGAAGGACCACGUAGAGGAAGAUCUUUUGACUCCAUGAACAUCGGAUUUGAAGAAAAGCUUCUAAAUAAUGAGAUAAACAAAUCCACCUACACCAAAAUCGAAGAAAACACUGAAAAGAAGAAUACAUCAGAGAAAGGGAGAGCUACUAUCAUCUUUUCCCUGAAGAAUGAAGUGGGGGGACUCGUAAAGGCACUCAAACUGUUCCAGGAAAACCACGUCAAUCUCGUACAUAUAGAGUCCAGAAAAUCUAAAAGACGCAACUCUGAGUUCGAGAUAUUCGUGGACUGCGACAGCAACCACGAGCAACUGAAUGAGAUUAUCCAGCUGUUGAGGAAGCAUGUGAACGUGGUGGAUAUGGAGCCUCCAGAUAACUCCUGUCUACAAGAAGAAAUGUACGAUAUUCCCUGGUUCCCAACGAAAAUUUCACACCUGGACAAGUGCGCCAACCGUGUCCUGAUGUACGGCUCCGAGCUGGAUGCCGAUCAUCCUGGUUUUAAAGACAACGUUUACCGGAAAAGGAGAAAGUACUUUGCAGAUCUCGCCAUGGCCUACAAACAUGGGGAUCCCAUUCCUCGCAUUGAGUUCACAGAGGAGGAAGUGAAGACCUGGGGUGUUGUGUACAGGGAGCUCAUCAAGUUGUACCCGACGCACGCGUGCCGCGAAUACUUGAAGAACCUGCCGCUGCUGUCCAAAUACUGUGAAUGUCGCGAGGACAACAUCCCUCAGCUGGAGGACGUCUCGCGCUUCCUCAGGGAACGUACUGGAUUUACCAUCAGGCCUGUGGCAGGGUAUCUGUCCCCACGUGACUUCCUUGCUGGUUUGGCCUUUCGCGUUUUUCAUUGUACCCAGUAUGUGCGUCACAGCACCGACCCCUUAUACACCCCAGAGCCGGACACAUGCCAUGAGCUGCUGGGUCACGUGCCUCUUCUUGCUGAGCCCAGCUUUGCCCAGUUCUCUCAGGAGAUCGGUCUCGCCUCACUUGGGGCCUCAGAUGAUUCUGUUCAGAAACUGGCCACAUGCUAUUUCUUCACAGUGGAGUUUGGCCUAUGCAAACAAGAAGGGAAGCUGAGAGCAUAUGGAGCAGGACUGCUGUCAUCUAUUAGUGAGCUUAAGCAUGCACUCUCUGGUAAUGCAAGGAUUAUGCCUUUUGACCCCAAAGUCACGUCCAAACAAGAAUGCAUCAUCACAACAUUUCAGGAUGUGUACUUUGUGUCAGACAGCUUCGAGGAGGCCAAAGUCAAGAUGAGGGAGUUCGCCAAGACCAUCAAGCGUCCUUUCACAGUCCGAUACAACCCUUACACCCAGAGUGUGGACGUGCUAAAAGACACGCCCAGCAUCAACAGCGUCGUGGAGGAGCUUCGACACGAGCUCGACAUCGUGGGCGACGCCCUCCUCCGCCUCAACAAGCAGCUGGGAGUCUGAGUCCGAGUUAACCACCUUACAUCAGUGCUCGCUGUCUCCCCCCCCCCCCAGCAUCGCUGUACAGAUACUGGUUGUGAAUAGUACUUUGUCGGUACAAUGAAUGUGUGCACUGCCGUUGGCUAACUGCUCUGUUGUCCCCAAUGCAUGGUGUAUGGCAAAUAAAAUAUACUGCCAUUGAUAUCAGUACUUACCCAAACCCAAAGAGCUGCUAAACUGUAGUGGUGUGCUUGGCUUCUGUAUAACGAACAGUUGAUACGUCAUCAUGGUAUUUUAAAGUGUCCUCAGCUGUUGCUUACACAGAUGUGGUUUCGGUCUCCCUGUUGUUAACUCUGCUGUUGUAUAUGAUCAUGUGAUUAUUUUGUUGUAAUUAAUCUAUCUCUUCUUCCCAUUUAAUCUUCCUCACUCCAGUGAUAUGUAUAACAUGUACCUUAUGUGUGUUCUUUUGGUGUGUAUGUGUCAUGCUUGCUUUUCUGUGCGUUGUUGAGGGAAAUUAUAAAAGUGAAAACACUGUGUUAUAAGAAUGUUUUCCUGACUGAUUAUGGCAAAUUUGGCCCAUGCACCCAGACCCAUUUUAUUUUACAGUGUUUUGAGAACCUUCUCUUCACGUGAAUAUCAUUUUUAGUUAUCCUGAAAUCAAAACAUUAUUUUUCUACUGUAAAGAAAUAUAGAAAUUAUGAGUAUAAGCUAUGUAUCAAACUAUUGAAAAAAUAUAAUAAAGAGAAAAGCUCAUUGUGUCUUCA